GUCCUCUACCCUGCACAUCUUCAAGAAACGGGGCAAGUGAUGAGUGUACGUGGACCUUGCGUGGGGUGGGGGGGGAGGGUGAGGGGGGAGUGUGGCUUACUGACCCUUAUCAAUCUGCCACGAGUCGGAGCGCGACAAUAUAAUUAGCAUACCAAUACACCGCUCACGCUCGGCCAAUGAGCACGCGGCGCUCUCAAGGGGGGGUCGCACGAGCUGCGGGGUAUAAGAACCCGCAUCUCGGAGUCCGAAGCUACUCUGCUUCUCGGAUUUACCCUCCGACAACAGCACCCCUUUCUGCCCCCCGUCUUCUCUUGCGGAAUAAAGUCGCGCCGCCAGCAUGACUCUGGAGGAAGUUCUGGUCCAGAAACACACCCGGUGCACCGGCAAAGCCCUGGAGGAGGCCCUCCUGUCCGCCAAAGCCAGCGACUGCCUGACCGUCGGUGUCUACGAGUCUGCGAAAGUUAUGAACCUAGACCCGGACAGCGUGUCUUUCUGCGUCUUGGCCAUGGACGAGGAGUUCGAGUGCGACGUCGCUCUCCAGAUCCACUUCACCCUCAUCCAGUCCUUCUGUUUCGACAACGACAUCAGCAUCGUCAGAGUGAGCGACGUGCAGCGCCUGGCGGACGUUGUUGGGGACAAGGCCGAGCAGCACGAAGACGCGCACUGCGUCCUCAUCACGAACCCGGCCGAUGGUUCGUGGGAGGACCCUGCUCUGGAGAAGCUGCACCUGUUCUGUGAGGAGUGCCGCGGUCUGAACGACUGGGUUCCUGAGAUCACCCUCCCCAAGCGCUGA